CCUCCCUCUCUCCCCUGCUGUGAAUGCCUGGAUCAUUUUUUUGGGAGGGGGACCAUAACUAACAAGGGGUGAAAGGAGGUGUGUACACACGAGCCUGCUGGAGGCAGAAGGGAGAGAGGGAGGGAGGGAGAGAGACAGAGAGAUAGAGAAAGAGAGGAGGGGGACGAGUAGCAGGUUUAGUGCAGCUGCUGAUGCCAGAGUCUGGGAGUGAGACAGACUGAGGGGGACCUGAGGAGUGGAGGAGGGCUGGCACGUGUGGAGCGGGGGUCGGCAACUUGUGGGCAAAGCGGAGGGGAAAAAAGAUUCACAUUCACAAACAGCUGGACAGAUGAGGAGGCUUCAAGGACCACGCUUCAGUCCUGGGCGUAUGGUGUACUGACCCUGCCUGCCACAGGCGAGGAGUCAGAGGACCAGGGCCAUGAUUGGCUCUCCUGGCCCUGGUGGGCGUGCCUUAGUGCCAUGGCCGAGGGUGUGGCGGUGGGUCCUGGCUGUUUCUCUGGUUGCCAUGAUAAACUUGAUGCUGCCAGGAAGUAGCCAAGCCUGUCCGCCACGGUGUGAGUGCUCGGCUCAGCUGAGGUCGGUGUCGUGCCAACGGCGGCGGCUCACCAACAUCCCAGAGGGCAUUCCCACCGAGACACAGCUCCUGGACCUCAGCAAGAACCGGCUCCACUGGGUGCAUGCAGGCGACCUGGCACCUUACCCACGGCUAGAGGAAGUUGAUCUCAGCGAGAACCUCAUUGCCACAUUAGAGCCCAAUGCCUUCGCCACCCUCCAGAGUCUUAAAGUGCUGAAGUUAAGGGGAAACCAGCUGAAGUUAGUGCCCAUGGGGGCUUUUGCCAAGCUGGGAAAUCUGACCAGCCUGGACCUGAGCGAGAACAAGAUGGUGAUUUUAUUGGACUACACCUUCCAGGAUCUGAGGAGUCUGAAACAUCUGGAGGUUGGAGACAAUGACCUGGUUUACAUAUCCCACAAGGCUUUCUCAGGGCUGCUGGCGCUGGAGGAUCUCACAAUAGAGCGCUGCAACCUGACAUCCAUCUCUGGUCAGACACUGUCCUAUCUCCGCAGCCUGGUCACUCUUCGUCUCCAUCACCUCAGCAUCACUGCCCUGGAGGACCAGAACUUCCGCAAGCUCUCCAACUUGCGGGGUCUGGACAUCGAUCACUGGCCGUACCUGGAAUACAUCUCCCCUCUGAGUUUCCAGGGUUUGGACCUCCACUGGCUCUCCAUCACCAACACCAACAUCACCUCUGUCCCCUCCGCCUCCUUCAAGAACCUGGUGCACCUCACCCACCUCAACCUGUCCUACAAUCCCAUCUCCUCACUAGAGCCCUGGGCCUUCAAAGACCUACUGAGGCUGAAGGAGCUCAUCAUGGUAAACACAGGGUUGGUGACAGUGGAGCCCCAUGCCUUCGGAGGCCUCCGACAGAUCCGGGUCCUCAACUUCUCUUCCAACGACCUGCAGACCCUGGAGGAGGGCUCCUUCCACUCUGUCAACAGUCUGGAGACCCUCAGAGUGGAUGGGAAUCCCCUGAUGUGUGACUGCCGUCUGUUGUGGAUCCUGCAAAGACGCAAGACCCUCAACUUUGACGGCAGAGUGCCGGUGUGCGCGGGGCCGGUGGAGGUGCAAGGGGUCAGCCUCAGCACCUUCACCGAUUCUGCACUCUUCGAUCACUUUACAUGCCAGAAACCUAAGAUUCGCAACCGUAAGCUGCAGCAGGUAAUGGCACGUGAAGGUCAGCCUGUGAGUUUUCUGUGUCGAGCCGAAGGAGAACCUGCACCUGCCAUUGUCUGGAUUUCCCCACAGCGCAGACGGAUCACAGCUAAGAGUUCAGGGCGUAUCACUGUCCUCCCAAGUGGCACCCUGGAGAUCCGCUACGCCCAACUCACUGACAGCGGAACUUACAUCUGCAUUGCCAGCAACGCUGGAGGCAAUGACACCUACUUCGCUACGCUCACAGUGCGUGGCCAGCCGCUGGACGCCGCCUCAGCCUUCUUUCUCAACCGCUCGCUGUACAGCGGUGAGUUCUUGAACGACACAAAUCUGAACAGCACACGUGUAUUCCUCAAGUUCACCUUGGACCUGACCACCAUCUUGGUCUCCACGGCGAUGGGUUGCAUCACCUUUCUGGGGGUGGUCCUCUUCUGUUUCCUGCUGUUGUUCGUGUGGAGCCGGGGACGCGGCCAACGCAAGAACAACUUCACAGUGGAGUACUCUUUCCGGAAAUCUGAACCCGCCACUGGGACCUCCUCGGGAGGGACGAGGAAGUUCAACAUGAAAAUGAUAUGAAACAACGCAGCCAGGGGUCCCUCGGGGGAGGCAUGAGCACGUCCCAAAAACGUGUUUGACACACGCAAACACACACAGCCACUGACUCGCAAAGAAGUUUGAUAACACAAAACAACUUCCCAUCCAUGGCUCCAUUGAAAAUUUGAGUGCCCACAUAAAAAACUGGAGCCAUGAUGUGAUUUGGUUUAAUCUGUGAAUGAAAACAAAAUGAUCCUGAUCUCCCUGUCUCUCUGUGGUUAUUCAGCAUGUGAUGAGAAACAUGUUUGAGUGGUACUGUGAGGAAGAGUAUUGAUAGAUCGGAAAGAGCUGCUUAUCGUGCUUGAUAAGAAUAAUAACAUUAAGCAUUAUAGGAGAUAAGUUGUGAAUUGGUUUGAUCACUGAGCUGUGGAAAACUGGUAGUCGUGUUAUUUUGAUGAGGAAAUAAAAAAUCAUUCCUUCAAAUCAAAACUCUUCUCUAUUGUGUUGUGUGCAUUUUAAGAGACACAUGUAGAGUUGGUAACUAUGCUCUUG